CGGGAAAACGAAAGAUACAAAAGACUCGUAAAGGAUUAUGGGGGCGACGACGCCAUCAACCUGGCUACCAUAUCGAAAGACCAGGAGAGAGAUUUCUCCCGGCUAUUGGUCAGAGGAAUCUUCAAAAUGAUCAGUCUUGAGAAGGAGAACCACAGAGAUUGUUACGUCGCGUGCAUUAACAAAUGCAUUUCGAUACAUGCGCCCAAGGCAACGAAGUGGUCACAGUGGGAUGGAUAUCGCGAUUUCUGUGAAAAGCUCAAGCAGGCGGUCGACCUCACGAAGGAGCACCGCGUACGAUAUAUCCUCAACUCACCGACUGUAAUCGCUGCUAUUGCCUUAAAGAUAUUGCGAAAUGUCGAUACCAAUGGACGUGAUGUCAUUACAGGCCUUCUCUUGCAGUACGGAUUUUUCGCCAGCGUCUCAAUAUAA